GAUGGAGUUCUGUGAUUGGUUGGCGCAAUACAAACAAAGGUGGUGAUUGGCCGGCAGCUUCGAGGUCACUGAUUGGCGGGUUUGGAACAGCGGCCGUGUGCGGGAGGGCAAACGUUCCGGCUUUCACUCCGGAAAAUAGCAGCAGCAAGAUGGAUGACUACAUGCGCAUUGAGAAGCUUGGGGAGGGAACCUAUGGGGUGGUGUACAAGGCGAAGAACCGCAAGACUGGCAGGUUUGUGGCCAUGAAGAAAAUUCGUUUGGAAAAUGAAGAGGAGGGCGUGCCGUCGACUGCCAUCAGGGAGAUAUCACUACUGAAGGAGCUGCAGCACCCCAACAUUGUCAUGCUGGAGGAUGUGCUGAUGGAGGAGAGCAAGCUGUUCUUGGUGUUUGAGUUCCUCAACAUGGAUCUCAAAAAGUACAUGGACUCCUUCGCCUCUGGAAAGUACAUUGACAAGAAGCUGGUCAAGUCGUACUGCUACCAGCUGUUCCAGGGCAUCUUGUUCUGCCACCAGCGGCGUGUGUUGCACCGGGACUUGAAACCACAGAACCUGCUUAUCAAUGACCAGGGCGUCAUCAAGAUUGCCGACUUUGGCCUUGCUCGGGCGUUUGGUAUUCCCGUCAGGGUGUACACCCAUGAGGUGGUGACGCUGUGGUACCGUGCCCCCGAGGUCCUGCUGGGCUCCUCGCGCUACUCGUGCCCUGUUGACGUCUGGUCUCUUGGCUGCAUCUUUGCCGAGAUGGUCACCAAGCGGCCACUCUUCCAUGGCGACUCUGAGAUUGACCAGCUCUUCCGGAUAUUUAGGACACUGACCACCCCCACAGAGGAGAACUGGCCUGGUGUGACGCAGCUGCAGGACUACAAGACAAACUUCCCCAAGUGGACUGACUACAACCUUGCCAAUUCUGUCAAGCAGAUGGACAGUGAUGGCCUUGACUUGCUGUCUAAAACCCUCAUCUAUGACCCAACAAGGAGAAUAUCAGCCAAAGAAGCACUCAAGCACCCCUACUUUGAUGACCUGGACAGAUCUACUCUACCGGCAAGCAUCUAAAGUCUGCCCAGAGUCUGUGCUUAAGGAAAGGCCAUUCUUUAAGUCUGCAUUACCCUGCCCUGUAUGCUAGGCUUGUAAUGGUGGUCCUGUGCAUUAAUGGGGUGCUUACCUUUCACCUUAUAUUGUGGAAGGGGUCAAAUAUAUUCUUGUGCCUCUGUUUUUUCUACUGGAUACAAAACAUUCAUUAUGCAGCUUCUUGUCAUCAUAGUAAUAUUUUCUUAAUGAUGUUGCCUGUUAUACCUGCAGAUACUUGUAAAAUUAUCUUUCUUUCCACGGAUUUAUGAAGUGUGAUACUUAUUGAUAUGUAGGGUUGAAUAAGUAUGUUAAGAGUAAGGAUCUUUUCAGGUUUAUUUUGGAAUUAGUAAUAAACAAUUGUCUGUGUAUGCCAGUUUUUGACAAGGUACUCCAAAUUUGCACUUCAUAAAUGUUACUUUUAUUCAUCAGUAUGUGAGUGUUCAGCUCCUUCCUUUACCUGUCCUCCAGAGUUGUGUGAGGCUGAGCAGCCUUCUCAUGACAGUGUUCAGCACUUUCCCUUCCAUGAGCUGUCCCUUUACUCUUCAGUUUCUGACAAAUAACAUGUUUUACUAUUUUUUUUCCAUAUGCACAUUUGUUCUUUGUCAUCACCAGCUUUUAGUACAGUCUUUUCCUCACAUCCUAAUGAGAAGUUCAUGUUAGAAGAGAAAUCUGCAAGAUGCUCUCCAAGGAUAAAAACGUUUUGCUUUAUUAUUUGUGAAUGUUAUUUAACAUUCAUAGUUUUGCUUCAAAAUAAUUAUAAUGAGCACUGGAGUACUGCAUAUUGCUAAUUCUUAUUUUGAGAAAUAUCCUUUAGUAGUAUGGUACCACCUUGUGUAUCCUUUGCAGUCUACACCUUGCUUGAGCUUUCCCUAGUAAUUGAACUGAUGAACCACCUAUCUCAUGCCUGCAGUGUCGAGGCAAAGUUUCCCAGUCUGUACCACUUCCCCAGAUGUUGCACUCUUCCGGUGUUGCUUUUUGCUACUUGCUGUUUGAAUUUUAGUUAAAAUAUGCAUUUUUAUGCAUAACCAGGAAUUUUGUACAUGCAAAGUGAUCACAAUAAAUCAUAGGCAUAUGUAA